AUGUAUCACCAGGGACAGUUCGCCGGGGCUGAGCAAACAUUUCGUCACGUUAUAGAUGACAUGGACGAGACCAAACAAGACGAUUUGAUAGCGAGCCGCUACGGGCUGGCAUCAAGCCUCAUAGCGCAGAGAAAAUUCACAGAGGCCAAGUCGACUCUCGAAGAGGUCCCCACCAUCAUGAGUCCAAUAAAAAAUUGUCGUCACACGGGAGAGGAUCUAGCUGCUUGUGUGCAUAGGCUUGGCGUGGCUUGCUGGGAGCUUAAUCAGUACCGUGAAGCUCGAGACUGUUUCCAACGAGUUGUCGACAUCGUACCCGAAACGCCCAACCAGAACCACAGCGCUAGUCAACAAUGUUUGGCAAUGGCUUUGUUCGAAUUGCAAGAGUUCGAAAGUGCUCGCAAGCACUUCCAAGAACGUUACGACCCUGUGACCAAACAUUUCCCCUCGAGACGUCAGUUCGCCACCGUCACCCGGUUUUGGCUCGUGUGGUCUCUGUGCGAGCUUGGACAUUUUAAUGAAGCCAAACCACAUUUACAGCAUACUUUUACCAUGUUUCCCGAACCGGAGAAAGGUCCUAUACCUGAGUCGGAAUUCGUUUUGGGUCGUAGUCACUACUCUAUGGGGAGAAUUGUGUUGUGUCAAAAGGAUAGGAAGGAUCCGAAGGAGGCAGCAAAACACUUCCGAAUUGCACUACCGAUGCUCAACAGGCGAUUCGGAUCAGAUGAUCAGACGAUCCAACGCAUCUUCAAUUAUGAUGAGGCCUGCGAGCAUCUGAAACCUACCGUCACUGCCUAUGAGGCCACAUAUGGAUAUGACAAUUUGCAGACGUCGCUCGCCCGAGCUUACCUAGUCGACAGUCUUUGCGAGCGGAAACGCUACAUCGAGGCGGACCCUGUUCUGAUCAACGUGGCAACGCAGCAAGGUGCAUCUCCUGGUACAAAGGAGGAGCUGGUCAAAGCUAUCGGAACCUAUUGGCUUGGUCGUCACACAUACGAUCGCGCAAAAUGGAAGGAGACAGAAGACUGUUUCGAUACUGCGUGGACACUGUUGGCUGCAUCGUCAAGAGACAAAACCUGGAACCGUUUACGGUUUGGCUGUCGACAUUGCCUCGCGCGGAUUAAACUAAGUUAUUAUAGCUACUUUAUUUAA